CCCCCGCUCUUUUUCUUCCGGUCCACUCGUGCUCUUCUCUCCCAUCUCUUCGAUUUUUUUCUUGAAAGGCGCGCCAUUUAUUACAGUGAAGUACUUAGAGAAGAGGAAGAAGGAGACCAAGCAGUAGAUAGCGCCUUGCUUCUCCGGAAUGCCUCUUUGCAGUCACUGCUUGCCCAUUACUCCUCCCUUUCUAGCCCUAGCUCCGCGUAUCUGCUCUUCUUCGAAAUUGUUCGCAAGUCCCCGCAGCCGAUUUCUUGGACUACGUAUGAGAAACAAAGGAAUGGAUAUUUUCUUGAGGCCGCGUCGACAUGGAGUGAGGGUUAGGAGUUCCUCUGGUAGGGGUGACAAUCAAACUGUCAAUAAUGCACCGGUUGACAGAUUUGUGAAAAGAAGAAAAAUUGUGGAGCAUGUCAUCCUUUUGCAAGCCAAGGUGGAACUCUCGGAUGUUGAUGAAAAAGAUAUGCUUGAUUUUGUGUUUACAUCACAAUAUCAUAUGCGGGGAAUAAUCGCUUUAUCACUAGGUCGCGUUGAGGAUUCCAACGUUGACAAUAUUACUCAUGCUGUAUAUAUGCGUUUUCAGAGAAGGGAAGAUCUUGCAAGGUUCUCUGCUAAUCCUCACUUCUUAGAAGUGCUUAAGGAGCAUGUCUUUCCGUACUGCUAUGGAUCGCUCUCUGUGGAUUUUGAAUCUGAAGUAGAGGAUGACAUGUUGUCCAUAUUUCGCAGAGGAGAGGUUACAUUGAUAGCAGAAUUUAACUAUGGAGUGGAGUGUGUUUUGCUGAUAUCUGUUUUUGAGGCUUCACUUGGGCAUGCUAUAGAAGAUGCAAUACUUGCACUUCAAAGCCUUAUGGAAGAAUUUCGUUCUAUAAUUGUACAAGGAACUAUUGGUUCAAAUUUCAGUAAUGGCGAUAGUGAAUAUACACAUGCAGCCAUUAUACGCUUUUAUACUUUGCAAGGCUUCGAAAUGUUCAGAUGCAGCCCUAAAUACAAAGAUAUGUGGAAGUCAAAAUUCCAGCCAAUUACCAAGAAGUCACUGUUAAUACAUUUCAAUGUUGAUCCAGUGGGGACAGAAUUGCUGUAGUUUUUGUCUUAUGAUCUUCAAUUUCAGGUUUUAUUAUUAUUAUUCUCUCCAACAUUCUUCUUAUGUGAGCUUCUGACAAAGCUUAAUCAUAUAAUGCAUGAGACCUUUCUAUCACUAUAGUGCCAGUUCUGCUCCAAAUGAUGGAAGAUCUUACUCAAACUUAGGAAGAAAAGUGCAUAUACUUAAUAUUUUCUGUUGAUAGCACAUUGGGAAUACACUGUCAUGUAAUGUUCAUUGCCAGAUAUUCAUCAGAAAUUAUUUCUAUUUCCUUUUCAUAUGAGAUUUUUAAGCAAGUUGAGGAAGUACAGUGUGUUUCUUUUAAUAAUUUAUUCGUCCCGAUUAUUCA